AUGGACAAAGCCAACUACAUCGCGGAAGCAGAGCGUCAGCUCUCUGAUGAGAGAUUUUAUAAGAAACUUGACUAUGACCCUACUUCCGAGUUUAGUUCCAAAAUUAUCACUGCGUUACAAACCAUGCACAAUGACGGUCACAUAGAUGAGGAUACAAUUGGAUAUUUAAAACCAGAGAACGCCAAGCCUGGUCGAUUGUAUCUUCUUCCUAAAAUACACAAGGUUAACAAUCCUGGUAGACCCAUUGUAUCCGCUAACGGCCACCCGACUGAAAAAAUCUCCGAAUUUGUAGACUUUCAUUUAAGAUGUCAUGUAGAAAAUCCUCCUUCUCACAUUCAAGACACUACAGAUUAUCUUCGCAAAAUGGAAUCCAUGAACCCUCUUCCUCCGGAAACCCUCCUUGUCACUUUAGAUGUCACCUCCUUGUAUACCAACAUACCUCAUGAUGACGGAAUACAAUCGUGUAGGGAAAUAUGGGACUCUCGCAACACUUUAGAACCACCAACCGAAUGUUUAGUCCAGCUGCUUACUCUGGUCAUUAAAUGCAACAAUUUUACCUUUAAUGGUGAUAAUUACCUUCAAAUAAACGGGACAGCGAUGGGGACGAAAAUGGCACCGUCUUACGCCAAUAUUUUCAUGGGCAAAUUAGAGAAACAUAUUAUUUCAUCAUCUUUAUCCAAACCUCUGUCUUGGUUCCGUUUCAUCGAUGAUGUUGACAUGAAAUGGAUCGAAUCCCAACAAAAAUUGGAUGCUUUUAUCAGACAUGCAAACAACGCCCACCAGUCAAUUAAAUUUACAUAUGAAAUAUCCGACUCUAAGAUAUCUUUCUUAGACACAACUACAUCUAUAAAGGACGGUGUCAUAUCAACAGACCUCUACUGUAAACCUACAGAUAAACAUCAGUACCCGUUCUCCCCAAAGCUGUCACCCCAAACACUGUACAAAAAGUAUCCCGUACAGUCAAGCUCUCAGAGUAAAGCGGAUUUGCUCCUCUGA